AUGGCGACCGAAACGACGAAUAUACCUUCCGCUCCAUCGCGGCAACAACAGAAGCUCUCUAUCCUUGAGGGCCCCGUCGAUCCUCCACUGGUUGAUUUGACGUUGGGUGAGCUUCUUGAGCUUCAGACAUAUCAACAUGGCAACCAAGAAUGCCUGGUGAUUCCCUGGACAGGUGCCCGCUGGACAUACAAUGAGCUCAGCCAACAAAGCUCAUCCCUGGCGCAAUCGUUAUUGGACAUGGGAAUUGGAGUUGGCGAUCGUGUUGCCAUCAUGGCAGGCAAUUGUGAACAAUAUGCGGCUGUCUUCUUCGCGGUGGCUAAAAUCGGUGCUAUCCUUGUCAUCCUGAAUAACACAUACACACCAACCGAAGCGAUGUAUGGGUUGAAGUUUUCCGACAGCAAGAUUUUCUUCACAACACCAAGGAUCGGAAGACUCGACCAGACGCAGCUACUGCAGCAGCUUGAGGAUAAGAAGACAGCCCCCAUGGUCGUGAUGCUAAGAGGAGAUGAGUCUGGUAGAUACCAGACCUAUGACGAAUUGGUGAACGCUGGUCGCAGGCGAAACCACCAAAGACUGUAUCAAGCCAUGACCAAGGUGCUUCCUCAUCAAGUGGUCAAUCUUCAAUUCACAAGCGGAACGACAGGAUUGCCCAAAGCUGCAAUGCUCACCCACCACAACCUGGUAAAUAAUUCACGCUUUAUUGGUGAUCGCAUGCGGCUUGGUCCUGAAGAUGUUUUGUGCUGCCCUCCACCGCUGUUCCAUUGCUUUGGCCUGGUGCUCGGUCUUCUCGCUGUUGUCACUCACGGCGGUAAGAUCGUGUAUCCGGCGGAGGUCUUCGAUAUUGACGCAACGCUCAAGGCUAUUUCUGAUGAACAAUGCACUGCCGUUCAUGGUGUUCCAGCCAUGUUUGAUUCGCUUUUUCAGGCAAAGUGGCCCGAGAACUUCAACUGCGACAAUCUGCGUACUGGUAUCAUUGCUGGUGCACCUGUUCCUCGGUACCUUAUGGAGCUCUUGGUAAACCGUUUCGGAAUGACAGAGUUCACUAGCAGUUACGGCUUGACGGAGGCUUCACCAACGUGCUUCAAUGCCUUCACUGAUGAUUCCAUUGACACACGAUUGACGACUGUCGGUACUUUGAUGCCUCAUGCAAAGGCCAAGAUUGUUGACCGUGAUGGCAACAUUGUACCUGUCGGUGAGCGUGGUGAACUUUGUAUUGGCGGUUACCAGCUACAGGCUGGUUACUGGAACAACUCAGAGAAGACCAACGAGACUAUGAUCCGCGAUGCUGCCGGUGUCCUCUGGCUGCAUACCGGUGAUGAAGCUGUUUUCGACGAAAAUGGGUACUGUUCGAUUACUGGGCGCUUUAAGGAUAUUAUCAUCAGAGGUGGAGAGAACAUCUACCCGCUCGAAAUUGAGGAGCGUCUGAUGGAUCAUCCUGCUAUAACACGUGCCAUUGUCGUUGGUCUUAAGAACAAGCAUUAUGGUGAAGUCGUAGGCGCGUUUGUUGAGUUGGCUGAAGGGUACCAGAAGCCCCAAUUCGAGGAGAUCAAGGACUGGUGUCGCAAGAGGCUCGGUGGCCAUAAAUCGCCUGCACACGUCUUCUGGCUGGGCGAUGGCGAUGUUCCGGCAACGGUCCCCCUGACAGGAAGUGGUAAAGUGCGUAAGUUCGAGAUGGCUAAGCUGGGCGAUGAGCUUCUCCGAAAGCAUGAGGUAGCUGCGAAGCUGUAG